UCCCGGAUAGUAUCCGGUGAUCGGUGUUUGUGUUGCCGUCCGGAAGAGAGAUGGGCUGCACAGCAGACAUGGCGAGCCGGGAGCACCCAGGCAGCCCAGUAUUGUGAUCAGUGUGCUCGUGUUCUCUGACAUUAGGCCGGCAGUGUCACCAAGCUCAGCACUGUCCUGUGAUGAGGAUUAGAUCAGCAUUAACCCUGCAGAGCUGGGCCCUUGUCUCCUUGUGUCACAGAUGUCACACAGACGCCAAAUGAGCUGUUAAUGAUAAUCUCCUGCUUAAGGACACCUACCUGAAAAUUCUUUUCUUGGUGCUUUGUUGCACUGCAUUGCCAUGGAGUCAGAAACUCAGAGGAAAGCCAACUUUUCAACACGAGUUGCCCACACCAAUGGACUAACUAAGUCUUCAGCACUGGCCUCAAAACCUACGGCAUCAAAAAAGCUGAUUAUCAAAAAUUUUAAAGAUAAACCAAAGCUGCCUGAUAAUUACACUCAGGAUACAUGGCAGAAGCUCCAUGAAGCAGUAAGCGCCAUAGAGAGCAGCACUUCCAUAAAGUACAAUUUAGAAGAACUCUAUCAGGCUGUGGAAAACUUGUGUUCCAACAAAAUGUCUAACACACUGUACAAACAGCUGCGCCAAGUAUGUGAGGAGCAUAUGAAGGCUCAGAUCCAUCAGUUCAGGGAAGAAUCUCUUGAUAGCUUUUUAUUUUUAAAAAAGGUUAACUUGUGCUGGAAAGAUCAUUGUAGACAAAUGAUCAUGAUUCGGAGCAUUUUCUUAUUCUUGGAUCGAACGUAUGUCCUUCAAAAUUCCAUGCUUCUCUCCUUAUGGGAUAUGGGCUUGGAGCUUUUCCGGUGUCAUGUUAUAAGUGACAAACUAGUUCAGACAAAGACGAUUGAUGGCAUCCUCCUCCUCAUUGAGAGGGAACGUUCUGGAGAAGCUGUGGACCGUAGCUUGUUGCGAAGUUUACUUGGAAUGCUGUCUGAUUUACAAAUGUACAAAGAUUCAUUUGAGGCAAGAUUCCUCGAAGACACAAAUUGCCUGUAUGCAGCUGAAGGGCAAAGACUAAUGCAAGAAAGCGAGGUCCCGGAGUAUCUCCAUCAUGUGAACAGGCGCUUGGAAGAAGAGUCGGACCGAGUAAUCACAUACUUGGAUCAUGGGACACAUAAACCUCUGAUAACUUGUGUAGAGAAACAAUUACUGGGAGAGCACUUGGCUGCCAUCUUGCAGAAAGGUUUGAAGAACAUGCUGGAUGAGAACAGAGUUCCUGACCUGACACUUAUGUAUCAGCUUUACAGUCGGGUCAGAGGUGGUCAGUCAAUCCUGCUGCAACACUGGGGGGAGUAUAUUAAAAACUUUGGGAGUUCGAUAGUGGUGAAUCCAGAAAAAGACAAAGACAUGGUUCAGGAAUUACUGGAUUUCAAGGAUAAAGUGGACCAGAUAAUUGAUGUCUGCUUCCAGAAGAAUGACAAAUUUGUCAGCGUGAUGAAAGAAUCCUUUGAGACAUACAUUAACAAGCGACCUAAUAAACCAGCAGAACUUAUAGCUAAAUAUGUUGAUUCGAAGUUGCGCUCUGGAAACAAAGAAGCCACUGACGAAGAACUUGAAAGAUUCCUUGAUAAAAUUAUGAUCAUUUUUAGGUUUAUUCAUGGCAAAGAUGUGUUUGAAGCAUUUUACAAAAAAGACCUUGCUAAAAGACUAUUGGUGGGGAAAAGUGCAUCCGUUGAUUCAGAGAAAUCUAUGCUUUCCAAACUAAAGCAUGAGUGUGGUGCAGCUUUCACUAGUAAGUUGGAAGGGAUGUUUAAAGAUAUGGAGCUCUCCAAAGAUGUGAUGAUCCAAUUCAAACAGCAUAUGCAGAGUCACAGUGACCCAGGCAAUAUUGACCUGACUGUCAACAUACUGACUAUGGGAUACUGGCCAACCUAUACACCCAUGGAUGUGCACUUAACAGCAGAGAUGGUGAAGCUUCAGGAAAUAUUUAAGUCAUUUUACCUGGGAAAACACAGUGGCAGACGACUACAGUGGCAGUCAACGUUAGGACAUGCUGUUUUGAAAGCAGAAUUUAAAGAAGAAAAGAAAGAGCUUCAGGUGUCUUUGUUUCAAACACUAGUGCUGCUUAUGUUCAAUGAGGGAGAUGAUUUCAGUUUUGAAGAAAUUAAAAUGGCUACAGCAGUAGAGGAUGGUGAGCUAAGGCGGACUCUGCAGUCACUGGCAUGUGGUAAAGCCAGGGUACUAAAUAAAAUACCAAAGGGUAAAGAGGUGGAGGACGGAGACAAAUUUACCUUUAAAUCAGACUUUAAGCACAAGUUAUAUCGGAUUAAAAUCAACCAGAUCCAAAUGAAGGAAACGGUGGAAGAACAGGUUAAUACGACAGAGAGGGUUUUCCAAGACAGACAGUACCAGAUUGAUGCAGCUCUGGUGCGCAUUAUGAAGAUGAGGAAAAGUCUUUCACACAAUCUCCUUGUGUCUGAGCUUUAUAAUCAGCUAAAAUUCCCUGUAAAGCCUGGGGACCUGAAGAAAAGGAUUGAGUCACUAAUAGACAGAGACUACAUGGAAAGGGACAAAGAAGACUCCAAGAAGUACAAUUACCUCGCAUAGGGAGCAUGCCGAGGCUUUUUAUAGUGCAAUGAUUAGAUAGAUAAUCCGCAUUCAUCUAUGGUUUAAUGUUAAAGCAGUUGUUUUCAGAUCUCCUCAUUAUUAAGCCUUAGUAAUGUCAAUCUAGCGUUUUUGGUUGUUUGAAUGUUUUAACAGUUAAUUUGACAUACAUGUAGACGUUUCUUUCUUUCUGUUUCUCUCAUCUGCGGUGACAUGUAUCUUUUUAUUUUAUAUUCUGCAUUGUUUUGGCUUAUAUUGUACAUAACCACUGCAUCAAUUAAUAGGCCCUUAAUGCUGCAAUGUUUAUUACUAGCUGAAAGAAUGCAGGUUAACCUAUACUAUGUCAUCUAAAUUCCUUAGC